UACAGUAGCUGGGUGCCGGACCAAGCGGUCGGAGGUGGGGGUGAACGAGAGCGGUCGGGUGGGAAGAGGUGACAGCAGCGACGGCGGCGGCGGCGGCGCCUCGGGCUGGCCCCAAUGGAGCUGGAGAAUAUCGUGGCCAACACUGUGCUGCUCAAGGCGCGCGAAGGUGGAGGUGGGAAUCGAAAAGGCAAGAGUAAGAAAUGGCGCCAAAUGCUGCAGUUCCCACAUAUCAGCCAGUGUGAAGAUCUUCGGCAUACAUUGGAGCGGGACUACCACAGCUUGUGUGAUAAACAGCCAAUUGGAUGUCUGCUUUUCCGGCAUUUUUGUAACACACGACCGGAACUCAUGCGCUGUGUCAAGUUCCUGGAUGCUGUGGCUGAAUAUGAAGUGACCCCUGAUGAGAAACGGAAAGAAUGUGGGAAGCGCCUGAUUGAAGUAUACUUGAACCCUAAGAGUGUGGACCACGUCCCUGAAGUACCCUUGGAGCUGUUAAAUCUGUGUUCUGAGCAACUGGAAGAGGAAUCAAGUAAAGAACUCUUUAAGGAAUCUACCAAGCUCAUCCACGACUAUCUUAGUGCGGCACCUUUUGCUGAUUAUCUUGACAGCGUUUACUUCAACCGCUUCCUACAGUGGAAGUAUCUGGAAAGGCAGCAUGUAACCAAGAACACUUUCCGCCAAUAUCGUGUGCUAGGGAAGGGAGGCUUUGGAGAGGUUUGUGCUUGCCAGGUGCGGGCCACCGGAAAGAUGUACGCCUGCAAGAAGCUUGAGAAAAAACGGAUAAAAAAGCGGAAGGGGGAAGCCAUGGCCUUAAACGAGAAGCAGAUACUGGAGAAAGUGAACAGUAGGUUUGUAGUGAGUCUGGCCUAUGCCUAUGAAACAAAAGAUGCACUCUGCUUGGUCCUGACUCUGAUGAACGGUGGAGACCUGAAGUUCCACAUCUACCACAUGGGAGAAGCAGGAUUUGAAGAGCCACGGGCUGUUUUCUAUGCGGCCGAAAUCUGCUGUGGCUUGGAAGACCUCCAUCGAGAGAGGAUAGUUUACAGGGACUUGAAGCCAGAGAAUAUUCUCCUGGAUGACCAUGGUCAUAUCCGCAUUUCUGACCUGGGACUAGCUGUUCAUGUUCCGGAAGAACAGACAAUAAAAGGUCGGGUUGGAACCGUUGGCUACAUGGCUCCUGAAGUUGUGAAGAAUGAACGGUACACAUUCAGCCCAGACUGGUGGGCCUUAGGAUGCCUGCUGUAUGAGAUGAUUGAGGGUCAGUCUCCAUUCCAGCAGCGCAGGAAGAAGAUCAAGCGUGAAGAAGUGGAACGUCUGGUGAAGGAAGUCCAGGAAGAGUAUUCUGAGAAGUUCUCACCUGCCUCCCGCUCACUGUGUUCCAUGCUCUUGUGCAAAGAGCCCUUGGAACGGUUGGGCUGUCGAGGGUCUGGUGCACAAGAAGUGAAAGAUCAUCCUCUGUUUAAAAAUCUGAAUUUCAAGCGGCUGGAAGCUGGGAUGCUGGACCCACCAUUUAAACCUGAUCCCCAAGCUAUUUAUUGCAAAGAUGUCCUGGAUAUUGAGCAGUUUUCCACAGUCAAAGGGGUAGAGUUAGAACCAACGGACCAUGACUUCUAUCAUAAAUUUGCAACGGGAAGUGUCUCUAUUCCCUGGCAAAAUGAGAUGAUAGAUACGGAAUGUUUCAAGGAGUUGAAUGUAUUUGGUCCAGAUGGCAUCAUACCUCCUGACCUGGACUGGAAAGGGCAGCAGCCUCCCCUGCCCAAAAAGGGCCUACUCCAGCGUCUCUUCAGCCGACAGCAGCAGAACUGGACUUUACAAACUUGCUCCUUCUUAUCGAGCCCAAGCAGGAUUGAAGGAUAUGAGCUGUUUCCUUCAUACUGGUUGCCCGAGGGUGAUAGAGCUAAAUUCCAUCAGCAGGACUGUUGCGGGAAUUGCAGUGAAAGUGAAGAGGAACCAACUCGCUUAUGAGCUGAUCCAGAAAAGAAGGCACUCGCUCACAGUCAAACACAUGCCCACCACCAGCGUGUGUGUGUGUGUGUGUGCAACUUGUUGUUUCAGGAUGGCAGCAGAUUCCCACCCCAGAGGGGAAGUGUUCGUAGACCAGGCAGAAGAGGAACCUCUUCUGCAGAAACCUUCAGUGUACUGCAAGAGAGCCGUCUUGCUUGCUACUCCUCUUCCAUGAUGAGAGAGCGAUGAUGGCAGGAGUGAAUACGGAAUAUCCCAGGGCUGGCCCUGACCCCAAUUUUUGACUUGCUCAUCUCCUGGUGUUUUUUUUUUUAAUAUAUUUAUAUUACUGUAAAUGUGAAUGUAUGUAUAAAGCAUAUGUACAUUCUUAAUGGUUGGGCAAAGGGUCCUUCUGGUGUUUCUCUCUGCACUUCCCUCUCUAGCCCAUCAUCACCGCUUCAUCAUAGUGAAGAGCCUGCACCGGCCUUCCGCUGGAUACGAUGAUGGAAGAUGCUAAGUGUGGCAGGGAAAACGAGAGAGCUGCCAUUGCUGGUGUAUCUGAUCUGCAAGGACAACUGGAGGGUUCUGUCUCUGCACAUCUCUUCUUCUCUCUUAGCCAACCCUCCACUAUUGUAAGCUGUUGAGUUGGUGUGUAAUCCCAAGGCACUGUAGAAAUGAUGGCAAAUUUUACGUUUCCCUUUGAAUUUGCAGAUACGUCUAUCGUUUAGGCAGCAACCAUCAAUUUUUCUUGGAUGACAAUCUCUGAUUUUUACCUUGGGAACUUGGCUUAAUGAGAAUAACAAAUUUUAGAAUAUCCAGUAUAGUUCCAAUACUAGUGGCAUUACACUGGUUUCUAGCUUUAUUUCUGUUGUGAAACUCCAAUAGGGAUUGAUAUAACCAAACAGAGUACGACCUCUUCCCAGCCUUCAUGGAAAACUAAGCCCACUUUUUUUCUUCUUCUUCUUUCUCCUUCCCUUUCUUGUAGCACAUUGUCCUCUUUCCUUUCCAGAAAAGAAAUGAUCCCAUUACUUUUAGUCCUGGUUGAUUUGCAAAUUGCCAACUGUACUCAUGAUAGCAAAUGCAUAUUCCCUAGCCUAGAAGCUUGAGCAAAGAGCCAAGCUAUCUUGAAGUGGGUGGUUUCAGAUCAGAUCUUUUGAAAUCUUCAUCUGCUUUGCAAAGCAGUUAGAAGUCUUUAAUUUUUGGAGCAACAUUGCUGAAGUUAAUCAUGUUCACUUGCACAACUUCCUCAUUCAAACUAGCAGUUCCCAGACUGCUGUUAGGCUUGCAAUUGAUUAAGGGACAAAUGCAGCUUUGGAGGACCAAUUAAUUUGCCCUUUGGCCAAGAGCACAGUAAAAACAAAACAUGUUGGGAGAUCCAAAGACAGGUGCCCUGGAGUUCAUGUAACCUGACCCAAAGUCCUGACCUGCUUUCCAUAUGGAAUCUCGUAUGUGGUCUUCCAUGACUUGGAGCCCUGGGCCCACCCAGAGCUGCACUUGUGCCUUCACGAUGCUCUCCUGAGCAGGCCUCUCUCAGUCCUGCUUAAUGCUGGGAUUAAAGUUUCUAGUCUUCUCUUGACCCCUGUCCAGAGUGCAAAUCUUUCGUCUCCCCACAGUUAUUUCCAGCCUCGUGCUGUACUUGUGCAGCUGCUGUCUUGUUUUGGGACAGGUAAUUCCAUUUCAUCGUUCACUUGUGGUACCUCACAGUAGUAUUGUGUUCUACUGGCAAUACGGAAACUAUUCUUACUGUGUUAAUUGUUAAGUACUGACUCGUCAUUGCUGUGGUACAGAAGAAGAUGGCGUGAAUACAUCAAUAGGUGCUGAAAAAUCUCCGGUCAAUGCACUCUAAGAAUGUGAACAUCAACCACCCUGCCUUUCAGUUAUAAAGAGCAGCCACCCUGCACAAACUUUCUGUGUGUCUGAAUGCUUUGGUGACUGCCUUUUACCCUUGGCCACCCUCUCCACUUGUUAAUGCCUCUAAGAGACUGCUCUUCACAGUCUAGUAUAUGGGUAGGCAACCUUGGCUCUUUUAUGACUCAUGGACUUCAACUCCCAGCUAUGCUGACUCAGGAAUUCUGGGAGUUGAAGUCCACGAAUCAUAAAAGAGCCAAGGUUGCCUACCCCUGGCUAGUAUAUCUGCUGUCUUAGUUUUUUUUCCCCCUUGGAAUUUCUAGCAGAACAUCGUAUGCCACUUCAGACCUCUUCAACACGCAUGUCUAUGCAUUUUGUCUUUCUUUUACUAUUUCCUUUCACUUGAUCCUUCUUUCAAAAUUCAUUCUGGUCAUCUGAAAUUAUUUUUUUAAGAAAAUGGUUGAGAAUAUUCUAUAUGGAUUUAAAUGACUAAGCCUCAAGCAAUAUUUUAAGUCAGAGAGUAAGGUUAAAAAUAGAAAAGUAUGCUGCAACCACGCUUGCACAGACAUUACAGGAACAAGGUUGCAGAUCUAUUACAGGGAAUCCCAAUAUUUAAAUUUCUGUGUAUUGCACAAUUAGUAAUGUUGUUUAUAAUUUUAUCAUUUCAAUUGUGGUCGUUUUUGAAUUUUUUUAAAAUGUGAUUUCUUAAAUGUACAUAUUGUAAAAACAUUAAUGAAAGAAAGAGUUUCUCAAGUGUGAGAUUACUUUGAUUUAAUAAAACUACUCUAUGUUGCUAAGAAG